AUGUCAAAGGUAGAGGCUUGUGUUGAGACAGCCAAGUCAAUGGUCAUUGUUAAAGAGAUCGACGGUACUGAAUAUUGCAGUGGAUUUAUUGCAAUCACUGAAGCGAGACAGGGUACCUAUGUUGUUACCGAUGCUGAAUUUGUCAUGGACCGUAAGGACAAUUUGAUGGUUUUCUUUUCUGACAAUACUGAGCUGCCAGCCUCCUUUAUUGAGACAUACGGGCCUUUUUGUUUCCUGAAAACAAAGUUUCAUCCAGCGUGUGAGCAAAUUGAGUUGAUGGAAGCGAAUAUUACCCCCUCACCUGUGAUCAUCUUCCCUCCUUCCUCGUCAGCUAGUUUCUAUUAUCUUCCGAGUUUUGUUAUUUUGGAAUCCACAGAGUCAUAUUAUGGCAAUUUCAAAUGUGCUCGCAUUGGUGCCACUGAUCAGAUUCCUGGUUCAGGAACCUAUUUCGUGGUAAAUUGUCACUACAGCGAGAAUACCUCUGAUGGCCAUGACAGAUUAUCUACUUGUCCAGUAUAUACCUUGAGCGGAAGUGUUAUGGGCAUAAUCCUGUCAUCCGAUCCUAAGUUUACUUGGGAGAAGCUAGCAUUCUCUGCAAAGUGUGUCUCGAACUUGAUAAACUUACUCAGGACACUAUUACCUCGAAACAAGAAACAUAGAGAUGGAUAUGGCAGUUCUGGAACCAAGAAAAAGAGAGAUGGAGAUGGCAGUUCUAGAACAAAGAAAAAGAGAGAUGAAGAUAGCAGUUCUGGAAACAAGAAAAAGAGAGAUCGGGAUAGCAGUUCUCGAACCAAGAAAAAGAGGGAUGGAGAUGGCAGUUCUGAAAACAAGAAAAAGAGAGAUGGGGAUGGCAGUUCUAUGCAUGAGUCUGCUGAAAACAAGAGAAGCAAGGGUGGUGAUGGCAGUUCCAAGAAGUUGGCUGGAAAUAAGAGUAGCUCUAAUAGUAUUUCCAAGGGCAUGGAGAAUAAGGGGCCUGGCCACAAGUGCAGUUCCAAGGGCAAAAUGGGUGGAUGUGAGAUCAGUUCCAAGGUCAAGGAGUCUACUGCAAACAAGACCACGGCUGGAGACAAGGGCAAGGGGUUGGCUGCUAGCAAACGAUGA